CACCUACAAUCACCCACCAAAAUCCAGAGAGACUUCUUCCUGCGUGCGUGAGAAAAACUUAAGCUUGGAGAAAGGGAAUUAGGGUUUCUUUUUGGGGUUAGAUUUUGAGGGGUGGGGAGAGAUGUAUAUAGGUUCCAUGCGAAAGUCUUUUAAGGACUCUCUUAAAGUGCUUGAAGCUGAUAUUCAACAUGCUAAUUGCAGGGCUUCAGAUUUUCCAAGGGAAUAUGAUGGGGCAUGCCUUCAAAUGAGAAUGUCAUACAGUCCAGCUGCACACCUGUUCUUAUUCUUGGUGCAGUGGACUGAUUGUCACCUUGCAGGUGCUCUUGGACUGUUAAGAAUCCUAAUUUACAAGGUUUAUGUGGAUGGAACUACCACGAUGUCUACGCAUGAAAGGAAAGCAAGCACAAGAGAGUUCUAUGCUGUUAUCUAUCCCUCAUUACUGCAACUUCAGAGGGGUGUCACUGAUACUGAAGAUAAAAAACAGAAAGCAGUGUGCAUGGAAAGAUACCGAAGAAAUGAAGAUGAAGAGUAUAGGCAACUUACUGAUGUUGAUGUGGAAAGGGAAGAAGAAUGUGGAAUAUGCAUGGAGUUGAACAGUAAAAUCGUGCUGCCGAACUGCACUCAUGCCAUGUGUUUGAAAUGUUACCGUGAUUGGCGGGCAAGAUCACAGUCGUGCCCCUUCUGUCGUGAUAGUCUAAAGAGAGUCGACUCGGGGGAUCUCUGGGUAUAUACUGACAGUCGGGAUAUAAUCGAUGUGGCCACAGUGACAAGGGAGAAUCUCAGAAGGCUUUUCAUGUAUAUAGAUAAAUUGCCACUAAUCGUCCCCGAUACCAUUUUAGAUACUUAUGAUUCCCACCUAAGGUGAUUAAAUACAUUCUAAUAUAUAAUAUCUUAUAUCCUGUCGAAGUAUUUAGUGUUUGAUUUAUGUCGAUUACAUAAAGUUCGAAUCGCUCGAUUCGGAAAACGUAGUUUAGGUCAGCUACUGCAAUGGUUUCCAUGCCCAAGUUAUUGUGGGGCUGGUGCUGAAGUUGAUAUAGGAGCCCUUAAAAGUUGUAUUUACCACAUUUGUACAUGCUUGUAUAGCCUAAUGCUUAAUGA